AUGGCUCACCGAAAAGCCUUCGACCUACUUCGUUGUGGUCGACCUUGUAUAUAUGCAAUCAGGCGGCAGCAAAAAGUACUUAAUGCGAAUGACGUCUUGCUCGAACUAUUCCUUAUAAGUGAAAAGGACAGUAGGUACAUGGAGGAUCUUAUGGAAAAGCACACUGCUGACGGAGUUCUCGACAGGGAGAGGUACAAUGAAGCACUGCGACAAUUGCAUCCUCGUCUACAUAUGACAAUGGAAGAUUUUCGUAAAACCUAUAGAGAUAUAGAGUCCCAAGACCAGGCUGCUAAACGCUUCAUUGAUGAUCUGCUGGUUAUCGCUCGCAAGUCACGAGAUGGCGAAAUCAAACGACAUCUAGAAACUAGGAAGAUUUUGCAUAGCUUCUGUGGGUUGAAAAAACGUUCACAAGAUGUCCUUAAGGAUAAGCUGCAGGAGCUGAAUUUGAUAUUGAAAUGUGAUCAAGUACCGCCAGAUGAGGAAAGUUUCACCACAACGACACCGAAAACAGAUGGGAGAACUACCGAAACGGCAACUACGGAAGAGAGUGGAGACUGGGAUUCUAUUUAUUAA